AAGGAAAAAAAAAAAGAACAAUUAAGUGCUACAGUUAGCUCAUUCAUCCCUCUCUGUUCCUUUGUUGAUCAGUUUACUUUUAUGGACGAAGUCUUCUUCUAGAUUUUGACUUUUGUCCUCAAAAGCCGAAUAAGAAGGAGAAAGAACACUAACAAUCUUGCACAGAUCUCCUCCUCCUUACGCUUCUUCCUGUCUAAAGAAGAGUGUUCAGUAGCUUUGCCUGCUGCUCCUUGGAUUUGCGAUUCUUGUAAGGUAAAAAAGGAAAAAAAUGUUAACGUUCUUUGACUCUGUUGUUCCCUUAUGGUUUGAAAAGUGAUAUUAUCAAAAAUGGUGAAUAGAGGUGAUUUGGUAGUGAUUGGCAUAUCGGUUGGGCUUGCACUCGGUCUCUUGCUAGCUCUGCUUCUCUACUUCGCCUUUAAAUGGUACAACAACCGCUCUCACCUAAGGCGAUGCGCUAACGAACACAACAUCAUCCAGACUCUACCCGUCCACACUGCUAAAAGAGCCGUAGUACUAAACCCUGAUGAUAGCACCAACACAGCGUCUUUACAGCCACCUGAGAAUGCAUCACCACAACAUCAGCCAUGGUGGAACAACAACAACCAUAACAAGGAUCAUCUCACUGUAUCUGCAUCCGGCAUACCUAAAUAUCACUACAAGGAUAUUCAGAAGGCAACGCAGAACUUCACAACCGUACUCGGACAAGGAUCUUUCGGUCCUGUCUACAAGGCCGUUAUGCCCAACGGAGGUUUAGCUGCAGCGAAGGUUCACGCCUCUAACUCAAGUCAAGGCGACAGAGAGUUUCAAACCGAGGUAUCUUUGCUUGGGAGGCUUCACCACAGGAACCUCGUGAACUUGGUAGGAUACUGCGUGGAUAAAAGCCACAGGAUGCUCAUCUACGAGUUCAUGAGUAACGGAAGCUUGGAGAAUCUUUUGUAUGGCGGUGGUGGUGAAGAAACAACUACAACACAAGUCUUGAGAUGGGAAGAGCGGCUUCAAAUCGCUCUUGACAUCUCCCACGGCAUUGAAUACCUUCACGAGGGGGCCGUGCCGCCUGUUAUCCACCGUGAUCUCAAGUCUGCAAACAUAUUGUUAGAUCACUCCAUGAGAGCUAAGGUAGCAGAUUUUGGGUUGUCUAAGGAGAUGGUUUUCGAUAGAAUGAAUUCAGGACUGAAAGGCACACACGGAUACAUGGAUCCUACCUACAUUUCCACUAACAAGUACACGUUGAAGAGCGACAUUUACAGUUUCGGUGUCAUCAUCCUUGAGCUAAUCACUGCGAUCCAUCCCCAACAGAAUCUGAUGGAAUACGUCAACCUGGCUUCGAUGAGUCCUGAUGGUAUCGACGAGAUAGUCGAUCAGAAGCUAGAGGGAAAUGCAAACAUCGAAGAAGUGAGGUUACUGGCCAAGAUUGCCAACAGGUGUGUGCACAAGACGCCGAGGAAAAGACCGUCCAUAGGAGAAGUCACGCAGUUCAUACUGAAGAUCAAACAAGGUCGGACUCGAGGAGGGAGAAGACAGGACACAAUGUCUUCGUCGUUUGGUGGUGUUAUCGAUGGAGAGGAUAUGUCGAGGGUUAUAAGCAGGAUUAAGGAUCAGCAUGUUGAGUUAGGGCUAUUGGGUGGUGUCAAAGAAGAGGAUCAUCCAGAGAGGAACAGUACUACUACAACAACAACAACAUUGUAACUAGGAGAAGAAGUCUUGUUUUUUUUUUGUACAUACUAUUAUUAUUACCAAAUGAGUCUCAAAAAUCUAAAAAAUGUUGACUUUGCUGACAAGUUAAAAUCACAUCAAUGUAUGUUUCAGUGGA